CUCACCGCCCCGCCCCCCGGUGCGGUAGGAGACUCCGUGGGGGACUCCGCGUACAAACGCCGCGGCGCUUCGCUCCUCCCUUCCCCCCCUCGUACGCAACGAGAAUGUCCGCGCUGCUCAAGCUGGACGGCGAGAUCACCAAGAAGGUGCGCAGGGACGCGCGAGCGGCGAGCCGCGGCGUCCAGGGACGUGGGGUUGAGAUGUUCAAGGAAAGAAUUAGUGCCGAGGCAGAGGAUCUGGUGGCAAACCUUUUUCCUCAAAAGCUGUCAGAACUCGACACUUUCCUACAGGAGGAAUGUCUAAACAUAACGGACCUGGUGGGCCUGCACUCUGACCUCAACAUCCCUAUUCCUGAGCCUGUUCUCAUCACCAACAGCCACGACAAUGCAUUGGAUAAUCAUCAGGGAAAGAAAAGGAAGAUAGCAGCGGAGGAAGAACAGUGUGAAGGUACAAAGGUGUACGCGUUUCUCAACGGCAUGGUGCAGAGCAACCCCAAGCUAGUGGCGCUUAUCGAGAGAAUAAAACCCGAAAUACGGACGCUCAUGGACAAGUGUAACACCGUGAAGAUGUGGAUUCAGUUGAUGAUCCCCAAGAUUGAAGACGGAAACAACUUUGGCGUGUCUGUUCAGGAGGACACGGUUGCAGAGUUGAGGACUGUGGAGGGAGAGGCUGCCUCCUUCUUGGACCAGAUUUCCCGAUACUACAUGUCCAGGGCAAAGCUCGUAUCCAAGGUGGCCAAGUACCCCCAUGUGGAGGAUUACCGGCGCACGGUGGAUGAGCUGGAUGAGAAAGAGUACUUGAGCCUCCGAAUCAUCGUCUCUGAGCUGCGCAAUCACUAUGUGAUUUUGCAUGACGUCAUUACAAAGAACAUUGAGAAGAUCAAGAAGCCACGGAGCGCCAACACGGAUGCACUCUACUAAAUAGCGCCUCCUGCCAAAUCUCGCCCUCUAGCCAAGCUCAGUAAAGCCCCAUAAUAUGUAUUAGGCCUGCCCCCACUACACACGCUCCACUCCACUAUUCAUUAGCAUCAACCGCCCCAUCAGCCAAACUCUCUCUGCUGAGGCUUACCUCGCCACCACCCAUACUAUUCCCUUGUUUAUCCCUGUCCCAUCACAUUCAUCCACCUGUGCUUCAGUGGAGCUUCCUCAUGUUUUCCUAGUCACCAGACGUGUAGCACUGUGGCCAAGCAUUGGUUGCCUUAGAUAUAAAUCAAGAGCAUGUCCCGCUGUGGUCCAGGUAGAAGAGAGUGCAGCCCUCCAGGGAAACGAAUGGCACAGGAGCUGGCACUUAUCGCCAGCGUCUUGUGCCGCCCUGGGAAAACCUGAUAAAACUUGCCAUAGGUGAAGUGGCCCGGCCCCAGCGUGUGCACGAGACGUCCACGUUGCUUUGUGAUUGGCCGGUUCUGUGGCCUUGGUUUAAGCGAGAGCAUGGAUGUUUAGCGGGGGCAUAAUUUUUAACAGGCAGACAACAAUGGUUGAUGUUAGUGUUGUGCGGUAUGCCGUUAGGAUUUGCGACAAUGAAAAGCUGAGCCAAGCUCCCACUCAUGGACUUCAUCUCGCUGCCCGCAUGUCUACGAUUAAGGCUGUUACUCUUAUCGACCCUGUCCACAUCUUUCAUGACCCCCUACCUGUUCAGCCAGCUGAACCCCUUCCCCAGGUUUAUGCAAAUUACCUGUGGGCAGCAUUUUGCCUGUGUCGAACACAAGCCAUUUAUGUAACAGCAAUUGAAAAAAACGUAGUUUUCAUUAGUUUUCCCAUAAUGGAAGACAUUCUAUACUCUCAGUGGUCAGUAUCGAUUUACUGGAAGUUUAGGGACUUGCUAAUACAUAUUUCCAGUUAUAUGAAAAAAAUACUUUUAAAAACUUUUAACGUUUGAGAGGCCAACUGGAAAUGGGCAGGAGGGGUGAGCAGAUUGUAUGCCAUUUUCACUGUUGAAGCAACUUUCAAGCAACAAACAAUUAGAUGUGGUAAGUCACAACCCAUUUGAUUUCAAAAAAAUUUUGAAUAUUAAAAUGCUGAGAAUAUUUAGGUGGGGCACUAAUGAACACCAUGCAUGACAUAAUAAAGACCAUUAUUGACCAUUACAUUAAUUGAUUUUUAUUAUAACUUCAUCGUGUAAAUUUUUGACCUGUGUUUUAUUAUUUGAUGUUUUUAUUUGCGAUAAUUUCUACCCCGACUUAGCGGCCCAUUCCAAGCCAAAACAAUGCUGGGCAAAGGAAAGGUUGAGAAGCUGGUCUAUAACUCAGAAAUGGAGUACGUGGAAUUGGCACUGCGGAACUGCAGCUGUGUGGAUCAUUCCAAGGAAGUAAACUCCAUGUCCUAGUUAUACUGCAGCUGCCUUUCAGUUGAUCAUCAGGUUGGCAGUACUUCACGUGCUUCUUUUAUGCUCAAGACAAAGCAAGGUGCUGCAGUGUGUAAGUUCCCAUUGUAUAUGAGAGUGAGCACAAGUAAAGUGUAAAUUCUUUACUAAGCUUACCCUGUAAAUAGUCGAGGAAUAUACAAACUGUAAUGCUUUGGAUGGUGGAAUGAAUUCCUCCAUAUACUCUUACCCUAAGGCCCAAGCUGAAGGAAUUGAGUGCAGAAUUUAGUUUUUUGUCGGAAAGAGUUGCAGUAUUGAAAUUUUGAGUACGGUCAUAGUCCAGACGUUUUCCUCGAGCAAAAUUUAUAUUUUGCAUUGCUUUGAAAUGUUUUAUCUUAAUGCGUUGUUAAAGAUGAAGUGGGGAAUAGCCUGCUCUAGGCAUUGGCCUACAAUCGUUGUGGUGGCCCUGUUAAGGAAUGUUCCAUUUUUGUGUAGGGGUUAUUUAUGUUGUUAAACCCCCGUUUCGUCACCCCCAGGAGUGGUGCUGGUGUACAACACACCUGGGUUCAUGUCCAACAAGUGUUGCAAUAUUUUGGGGUGUGGCACUUGGUGAAUUGUAAGUCAUGAUUUUUUUUUACUUGGUUUAUCUGCAAAGUUAAAAUUCUCAGUUAUAAGAUUUAGGUCAGCAUUGAAACAGUAUCUACAGGUCCCAUGGAGACAUUAAAAAUCAACGCUAGAUGUAGUUAGGUAUAAUUAGGAAUUCGGUACCUUCCAGUGUAUGCGAGUUAACCUUAUUCAGCAGAAAAUAUCGACAUUUUAAUAUUUUGAGAGACUGCGCCUGAUGUGUUUUCUAUUGUGCCAAAUCCCAAAAGCUUACAAAACACUUGAGCUGGACAUAUGCAUUUACACUUGAAUGCAUUCGUGGUAGACUGGUUGCUGGAUCAUCUAUAUGUCAGAAAACAAAUUAACUUGGGGUGCCCUCUUGGUUUUCGUCAUUGGCCGUUUGUACAAUAGUCCCGUUUGGACACGUGCAGGAUAGCAGAAUGUCACCUUUACGCAAUUAUGAUCGCCUGUACUACGCCCUGGUUUUGUUAUUGAUAUUAAAGAUUAAAUUGACUCCCCUUU